AUGAGCUCUUCGAUCGACCAACCCCUUCCGGGCGAGAAGCCUGAGAAGCAUGCCGAGGACAGUAUCAACAUUAGUGAUACCAGUCAUGAUGAUCCCAAUGAUCGCAAACUUAUGCGCAAAAUCGACUGGAUGAUUAUCCCCUGGCUCUGCCUUCUUUACCUCCUGGCCUUCCUUGACCGAACCAACAUCGGAAAUGCAAAGAUUGCCGGCUUCACAGAAGCUGUGAACAUCAGCACGAAGCAAUACAACACUUGCCUUACCAUCUUCUUUGUCUCCUAUGCCGUCUUCGAGCCCCUCACCAAUGUUUUGCUUAAACGGUACAGGCCGUCGCGCUUUAUCCCCACAAUUGUCCUCCUAUGGGGCCUUACUAUGACUUUCACUGGAUUUGCUAUCUUCUUCUCCGCCGCCGCUGCCUCCGGCUCCUUCGGCGGUCUCCUCGCCGCCGCCAUUCAGAAAAUGGACGGAAUCGGCGGCCGCCCCGGCUGGGCCUGGAUCUUCAUCCUCGAAGGCAUCGUAACCGUGGCCGCCGCCCUCGCCUCCUACUGGAUGGUCCUCGACUUUCCCCAGGACGCCAAGCGCCUCACCGAGGAGGAGCGGGCACGAAUCGUCCGCCGCCUAAAGGAAGACCCCCUGAAUAACACCGAGCAGCACGCCUUCAAGUCUGCGUAUGUUUGGUCCGCUGUUAAGGAUUGGAAGACGUACCUUAGUAUGGCUAUAUACAUGGGCUGCGACGUGCCUCUGUACGCCUUCAGUCUUUUCCUCCCUAGUAUCAUCAAGUCUCUUGGCUGGAACACCUCCAUCGUCAAGGCUCAGCUUCUCAGCGCCGCGCCGUACCUUGCUGCCGCCGUCGUCACCGUCGCGCUCGGAAUCGUCGGCGACAAAACCGGCCGCCGAGGGCUAAUCAACAUCAUCCCGUCCAGCGUCGGCGUCAUCGGAUUCUGCCUGCUCAUCGGAUCGCAGGAUCCCGCGGUCAAAUACGCUGGCACUUUCCUCGCCGCUCUCGGAAUCUACCCCUGCGUCAGUAACUCUAUCUCCUGGGUCGCCAACAACACAGCGGGAGUCUAUAAGCGCGGUAUCGUCCUCGGCAUGGCCAUCGGCUGGGGAAACCUCAGCGGUGUGAUCAGCUCGAACAUUUAUUUCAACGGACCUAAGUACAUCGAGGGUCAUGCGAUCGUGUUGGCGUUCUUGGCUGUCUUCUUGUGCGGUGGUAGUGCGCUGAUGCUCGUUCUCCUGACGGUUGAGAAUAAGAAGAGGGCGCAGGGCUUGAGGAAUGGAAUUUUGGAGGGCAAGACUGAGGAGGAGAUUGAGGAGCUUGGCGAUAAGAACCCUACGUUUGUGUACAUGCUUUAG